GCCUUCUACAACCUUUACCUACACCCCUUAAGAGCGUUCCCAGGCCCUUGGUCGACCAGAGCCGGCGUCCUAUGGCAUUCCUGUCAUAGUCUCCGCGGAGAUCCCCAGUACGCUUUACACCAGAUGCAUCUAAAGUACGGCCCAACUAUUCGAAUUGCACCAGACAAACUCAUUUUUGUCGAUGCCAAAGCAUUGAAAGACAUAUAUGGUCAUCGCAAUGGAACUCCAGAAUACAUCAAGGAUCCAUCUCUGACCUUCAUUGCCGACGCUGGCCCAAGCCUCUUUUCCGUUCCCAAGGACGAUCACUCGAAGCUAAGACGACUAUUGUCGCACCGCUUUUCGGAUAGAGCACUGCGAGAGCAGGAAUCCGUCAUUUCUGGUUACGCCAAUCUUCUGGCCAGGUCUGCCACAAUCCAGCCUGGCAACCUCAGCUAA